GUUUGCACGCACUGCGCAUGCGGAGUGCAUCCAAUAUGUCAGCGCCCUUCAGCAACCUGGUAAAUAGAAACGUAUUUGUGAAACGGGCUUUAAUAACGGAACCUGAUUGUGACAACAACGACGUGAAUAUAUUUAAUUUUAUCUUUUAUCUUUUUGUCGGUAAUAUUGAAUUUAGAAAGUUGUAGCACACCCAAAAAUGAACCCAGACAAAAUCAGAAAAUAGCUCACUUCCAUUAUAUUCUUGAAUUGUUAUGUAAAAUAUAUUUAAAAUUGCUCUAUUAAGUUUCUCUGGACGUCAGUUGCUCCAUUUAUUUUGUUGAAAGUAGUUUUAGCGAUUGUAAAAUGGUUUGGAGAAGUUACCCAUCCUUAUUUCAAACACUCAAGCUUGUAUUGAAGCCUUCAUUACAAAAUAUACACCGUGAAGUGUACAGGAGAAGAGGGUUUUUAGAUGGGCGGUUACUGCAUGGUAUUGUUUUUAAUGGGAUGUCCAAGAGAACUCUAAGUACCACUGCAUCACUACUGGGGCCCAAGGUUCUCUCCCUGGAAGAGAUUUUUGCCAGAACAUCCCUCCAAGACUAUCUCAAACAGGUGGAGAAUGAGUACAAUGACUGUUUAAAUGCAGUCAACAAUAAUGAGAUAGAAGAAGGAGAGGAAGAGCAAAGAGCCAAGCGAACCAAAGUGUCCCGCCUCAGUCCGGUCAUACAGAGCAUCAAAGAACUGAGGGCCAAAGAAGAAGAGAUGGCAGAAACAGAGGUUCUGCUCAAAGAUGAAGAUCAAACACUCAGACAACUGGCAGAGCAGGAGAGAGAAGCCUGUUUACAGGACAUUCAAGCUUUCAGACAAAAGAUCCUGGAUCUGCUGAUACCAGAGGAGGAUGCAGACCUCACUGACCUAGUCCUGGAAGUCACUGCCGGAGUAGGGGGCCAGGAAGCUAUGUUGUUUACUGCUGAGGUGUUUGACAUGUACCAGGGUUUUGCUCACUACCACAGCUGGUCUUUUGACGUCCUGGAGUAUAUGAGCAGUGAUUUAGGAGGGGUGCGCCGUGCUUCGGCCAGUGUUAGUGGUGAGCAGUGCUAUAAGAAAAUGAAGUUUGAGGCGGGGGUCCAUCGAGUACAAAGAGUUCCCAAGACAGAGAAACAAGGACGAAUGCACACCAGCACUAUGACUGUGGCUGUACUACCACAACCCACUGAGAUCUCUUUCAGCAUAAACCCCAAAGAUCUGAAGAUUGAAACUAAGAGGGCAAGUGGUGCAGGAGGUCAACAUGUCAACACCACUGACAGUGCAGUUAGAAUAGUCCACAUGCCCACAGGUGUCGUUGCAGAAUGUCAGCAGGAAAGGUCCCAGAUAAAAAAUAAAGAAACAGCCAUGAAGGUCCUUCGAGCCAAGCUGUACAGUAUGAAACUAGAGGAAGAGACCAGCAAACGGUACCAGCAGCGUAAAAUACAGGUUGGCACAAAAGGUAGGUCAGAGAAGAUUCGGACAUACAACUUUUCUCAAGAUCGCAUAACUGACCACCGCAUUGGCAUGACACUGCAUGACUUAAAGAGUUUUCUACUUGGAGAGGAUCUAUUGGAUGAGAUGAAUUCAUCACUGCAAGACUUUUCAAACCAGGAGGCUCUCUUAGAACUGUUGGGAGAUAAUGAUCAAGGGAGAUUUAGACAAAGCAGUCAGAUGUUGUUGGACCGCUUGAUCGUUCGCGGAUCUCUGGCGUUUUCACAUCUGGCUAUGAAGCUGGACUGUCGAUCUGCCCAGGCGUAA